CCUGUUGAGCAUGUAGCGGCGUAUAAACUUAGAUGCAUGGUGGAGGUUAAAUAUAGACCCGAGUGUUGGCUCAGCUGAGGGGAGACGUGGGGAGGCUGAGGGAAGGUGUCAGUACGUGGUGCCAGUAAGCGUCUUGCAGUGUCCUUAGUUACCACCGCGAGUAUCCUGCCUCAUGUAGCUGACCACGUGCUCCUCGCUUCUCUCUCACACCGGCCUCUCACCACGGUGAUUCAGGAGGUGGUUGGUGUCUGGAGCAGCACUGAACACCUGAAUAACAAACACAACAGCCAUGGCGGCGGCCUACGAGGAGUUCCUGAGGAGGAUGCAGGAAGGGAUGAUGAUGAGGAGUGGAGGAGUGGCUGAGGACAAAGGAAAGGAACUGGAACAGCCCUCGUCGCCCCCACCACUCAUAGAUCACCAACAGCAGGAGCAGCAGCAGCAAUAUCAGCAGCAACAGCAACAGCCUCAAGAACAACAACAGCAGCAGCAACAUCAACAACCGCAACAACAGCUGUCAUCUUCCCCGACCUUUAAGGAGCUGUAUGAUUACAUAUGUCAGGAAAUCCGCUCCUCGGGCACCUUGGACGCCGUGAUGCAAGAGUUCCAGGACCUGAGGACUGACCUGCAGCGCGUGACUUACGUGGCGCAGCGCGGCGAGAUGCGAGCACUGCGGUUUGAACAGAGCUACAGCAGGAAGAGUGAGGAGGAGGCAGUCAGCUUUGAGCAAAUUUACGACACGCUCAUCGCCAACGAGGCCUCGGCAGCGAAAGCCUUGGAGGUCAUGAAGAAGUGCAUCCAGAAGACACCACCGGGGAACAUCACAGCCCUCGCCGUGCGGUACAUGAAAAGAGGCUGGGCGUCGCUUCUGCUGGAGUACUUCGAGGCGGCAGAGGCGGACGCUAAGAUCAGUUUGUCCUUCGACUGUCCAGAGGAAUUGAUGUGGAAUUCCUACGAGAUCUUGGGGUACUGCAGGGCGCGCAUCCACGACUACAAGGCGGCGAAUACUUAUUUCAGCAGAGCACUAGAGAACCUGCGGAGAGGUGCCGUGAGCAAUGAGGUGAAGGCCACGGCGGCUGCGAGGAUCAUGGCAGUGUUCAAGACGGUAAAGGACAAGAAGAACAAGAAGAGCGGCGCCGACAAGCCAGACGAGACUAAGAAGCCAUUCCCGCCCAUCCCCCAGCUGAGCUACGGCCCCAACAAGAGGUUCCCCAGCGCCUCCUCCGCCCUCAGCUUCGUGACCAUGGAAGGCAAAGGCCGCUGCACUGUGGCCAAGAGAGACAUCAAGCCUGGAGACGUGCUGAUGGUGGACUCCCCUUUUUGCACGAUGAUCAACCCUUCCUUCUUGGACACUCACUGCUUCCACUGCUUCGCCGGCGUCGCCACCCCCACGCCCUGCGCCUCCUGUGCUAAGGUGUGGUACUGUGGGGAGGCCUGCAGGGAGGCGUCCUGGGCCAGCGUGCACCAAGCAGAGUGUCACGUGCUCGACUACCUGCUGGAUGUCAACAUUGGCAAGCUGGCUCUUCUUUCCUUCAGAGUGCUGACGACCGUGACAUGGCCUGGCCUGCAGCGCAUGCGUCAGUCCAUAGAGACCCUGGCCGAGGCAGAGGCAGAGGUGAAAGAUGAGCCGCAGAAGGAAAUGGAGGAGGAGGCUCAGGAAGGAAAGUCAGCUGAACACCAUCCCCUUCAGUGGCAGGGAAAGUACCUGGCUCAAGAUUACCGCACUGUGUUGCACCUCACGUCCAACGCAGACAAGCGCAGCUUCGGGGACAUGUUCAAGCGGUCUGUGACUGCUGUAUACCUCGCCCACUGUCUCAAAAUCUCCGGCUUCUUCGGCAGCCAGGAUGUGGAGGAAGACGACAUGAGCUUCGUGGCCAGCGUGCUCCUCAGGCACCUGCAGGGAGGCUCCUGCAACGCUUACGAGAUCAGCGAGCUGGAGGUGAGCGGUGAGGGUUUGUCCGGCGGCAAGUUGCAGGAGGUGGGCGGCGCGCUCUACACAACGAUCUCUCUCACUAACCACUCCUGUGUAGCUAAUGUCGCCCGCUACAGCAUCGGUGACAAGUGUGUGCUGAGGGCGCUGGUUCCCAUCCCUCGAGGCGGUGAGGUGCUGGACAAUUACGGCUUCUUCUUCCACAGCAGCACUGUCAACGAACGGCAGGAGGUGCUGCUCAAUCAGUACAAGUUCAGGUGCGAGUGCCGGGCUUGUGCCGAGCUGUGGCCGCUGUACCCGCACCACACGUCAGAGAUCCUCAUAUUCCACUGUCCUUCCCCCGGCUGCUACAGUCCCUGCUCCUACUCCACCAGCAGCCGCACUGCCUGCAACGUGUGCGGCAACCAGCAACAGUACGCCAAGCUGAUGCACGACAUGGAGCAGCAACUGAAGCAUUACAACGAUCUGCUGGCUCAGGUGAGGAAGGGAACCACCGCCAACACCUUGCCGCAGCUUCUCUCUCACUCGACCUUUAUGACCCGCCACGUCGUGCCUCCCGUGAAGCACUACACGGACCUGCAAGAGGUGAUCAAACGGUGCUACAUCCUACAGGGAAACAUAUUUCGCCCUUGCCAGGCAGCGACGCCGGUUGAGGUGCAGCAGCGCUCCGCCCCGCGACUCAGACCCAGCAAGAGGGAGGUGGUGCUGCCUCGCUAAUAUGCUUUCGUGGCAGUGGCCGAGCUCCGGUCAAGGAGUAACACCAUAGGCCACAAUAUGAACACCUUCAUGUGAUGACAAGGUUAGUGCAUCCUGUUCCCUUCCAGUCCUGGAUCGUUAAAGCAUCCCGACGAGAUUUAAGCAUUUCCCAUGGUUGGGUUGACGUGUACAGUUACCCAUUGCAGUAUUGCAGCGAAAUUUCCCGAUAUGAAGCUUAAGUUCCUUCCUCGGGUUACAAGUCAAGUCAUUGGUAUCAAACUAAGAAUACAAGCGACAUAUAACACCUAGCCUAAUGUAAGUCUUGUUGGUAAAUGUAUUAGGUAAUUCUAUGCUUGUAAUUGAUAUUCUACAGGAACUAAAGCUUGUUUUCGA